UUAAAAUACACACUUUGACCAAUUCAGCUGCAGCCUCUGAAGGGAUAACCAUCCUCAGCUCGACAUGAGCCCUUCCGUAGCCGUAUACAGGAACGUUUACACGGAGGACCGCUUCAAGCAGGCCUACGGCUCCGAUGACAACGCGUCUGGGAAUCUGCGGCUGCGGGAGAAACUGGCCGGGAAGUGCAGGUGUUCAAGGCGAGCUUGCCUUCACCUGCUCAGUGAGAGAGUCCCGCUUUUCAGCUGGCUGCCGAGGUACAGACUGAGGAAAUGGAUCGUCGGAGACGCUAUCGCUGGGCUGACUGUUGGUAUUCUUCAUAUUCCUCAAGGUAUGGCCUUUGCUUUGCUGACAUCCGUGGCUCCAAUUUUUGGCCUCUACACCUCCUUCUUCCCAGUCGUCCUGUAUAUGAUUUUUGGCACUGGGCGCCAUGUGUCCACAGGUACGUUUGCUGUAGUGAGUCUGAUGACUGGUUCUGUGGUGGAGCAGCUGGUUCCCACUCCUCUGGCCUUCAACUCCAGCUCAUCUGAAGCAGCAAACUUUGAGGCCCAGCGGAUUGGAGUGGCUUCUGCUGUAGCACUACUUUCAGGAAUCGUCAUGCUCUGUAUGUUUGGUCUUCAGCUCGGCUUCCUCUCCACCUAUCUGUCAGAGCCGAUUGUUAAGGCUUUCACCAGUGCCGCUGCCUUCCAUGUCACCGUUUCACAGCUGCAAAGCAUGCUGGGCCUGAGACUCCCUCGCCACACUGGGACCUUCUCUCUCUUCAAGACUUUAGCCUUAGUGUUGGAGAACCUUCCUCACACCAACAUGGCUGAGCUGCUGAUCUCUGUGGUCUGUCUGGCUGUACUGGUCCCAGUUAAGGAGAUCAACACACGUUGCCGGCACCACUUGCGCACUCCCAUCCCUGUGGAGAUCUUCACGGUUAUUAUCGCUACAUGUGUAGCCUAUUUCUCCUCGCUAGACUCUAAUUACAGCAUUGAGAUAGUUGGCCAUAUUCCUGCUGGAUUCCCAAAGCCACAGUUGCCUGCUAUCCACACUUUUCCCGCCAUUGCUGGAGACACGAUUGCCAUAACUUUUGUUGGAUACGCUGUUUCUGUCUCACUGGCGAUGAUUUAUGCUGACAAACAUGGAUAUUCUAUACAUCCUAACCAGGAGCUGCUUGCUCAUGGGAUCUCCAACACCGUGUCUUCGUUUUUCACUUGUUUCCCCAGCUCCGCCACUCUGGCCACCACCAACAUACUGGAGAGUGCUGGAGGAUACACACAGCUCUCAGGCCUUUUCACCAGUCUGGUUGUAUUGAUCGUCCUGCUGUUGAUCGGACCCCUGUUCUACUUCCUGCCUAAGGCUGUGCUGGCAUGCAUCAAUGUUACCAGCCUCAGGCAAAUGUUCUUGCAGUUUCAAGACUUACCUGAGCUUUGGAGGAUCAGCAAGCUAGACUUUAUGGUUUGGGUUGUAACCUGGCUGUCUGUGGUGGUACUGAACGUGGACCUUGGCCUGGCCAUCGGCGUGGUUUUCUCCAUGAUGACCGUCAUCUGUCGAACACAAAGGGUUGAUUGCUCAGUUCUUGGGCGGGCGAGCAACACAGAAAUAUACAGACCUCUGGAGAGCCACAACAAGUGCUAUGAACUGCCUGGGGUGAAAAUCUUGACAUACAAUGGGCCCAUCUACUACGGCAAUCGCAGCUUCUUCAGGGAGAAAAUGAGCAGGGUGUUGGGUCUGACGCCCGAAGAGAUCCGCAGUCGGGAAAAGGCCAGGAAAGCUUUGGAGAAACGAGAGAGAGAGGCCUCUGUCAGCACUGUGGAGAGAGGCAUAGCAAACACAUCAUUUUCUUCAGUAAAUGAGUUCUUUGAAUCAGAAACAUCAGAGAAAGAGGUCCAGGCUGUGCUAAUUGACUGCAGCGGAGUCAUAUUUGUUGAUGUUGCUGGAGCGAGGCUCUUCACACAGAUGUGCACCGAGUGCCAGAAAAUUGGAGUUUGUGUCUAUUUGGCAAAUUGCAACGAGAGUGUCUUAAAAAUCUUGACAUCAAGCGGCCUGAUGAGCCACAUGAAUCCUCAGCAUAUUUUCGUCACCGUUCACGAUGCCGUAGUGUACAUUCAGCAACAGAGGGAAAAACCUCCAGAGAACACCACAACAGUUUGGGUAUGAACCAAGAAGCCAGUUUCUGUGACCUGAGAGAAGAAGAGCAGCUGGUUCGGAUUUUACAGUAGGGGAGUAAUUGAAAGACACAGUGGCCCGUUGUAGCAGCAUUUAGUAUUUUUAAUGGUUAUAUUUCAGCAUUAGCCAUUCUUUUUCAGAUAUCACACUCCCUGCUGGCAGACUUAAAUCAAUCCUAGCUGGAUUGAACUAAAGGACAUGCAGUUCCUCAACACUGUAUAACUCUUCUGGUCUUUCUCUUCUUUAAGAUUUCAUUUUUACAGUCAUAUGUAUUCUGUAUUUUGUAUUUUGGCAUUGUAAUAUUUAUAUGUGCUUGUUGUUAGCUACCUUUAUGUAAUAAAGUACCAAGUGCACUGAAGAAUUUGUUCUAUGUUUGUUAAUCGUCUGCAGCUGGUCCAAGACGCUGCUGCCCG